AUGUUAUUAACCCAAGCAUUUUGGAUACUGCUGAUAGCAACAGUUCAUACAGCAAUUCUGGCACAUGCUUCUUCAUCCUCUCUUUCAAACGUUAUAUAUAAUCAACAAGACGCAGGCAUGCUGCGACCAUUGUUAGAUUCAGAUGCCAAUUACCUACAUGUUAAUGUAUCUCACCAAAAAAACCCUAGUCGUAUUCCCAGGCGUGCUAUUGAUUACAUGUACGACGUACCAGAACAAUACCAGCAAAAGGAUACAAUGAUAUUAAUCUAUGGUGGAUGGGAGCCGACUUACCACAAUAAACUUAUUGGUGUAAUAUUUAUUCUUGUGGGGUUGUACUUAUCGGCCCUUGGCUUCCGUUACAGACGACCUACAGUCUGUGUAUUUGCUUGGUCUACAUUUAUGAACGUUGAACUACCGGAUAGCUAUAUCGAUUCUGAAUCAGACACUCUUAUUGUGACAUCUCUAUUUGGUUUUAUUGGAAUGGGCGUGUUCAGUAUUUUUCACGACAAAGCAAAAUACAUUAUUUGUGCAAUGGGAGGCUUUGUUUUUGCACUUUGGGCCCUUUCUUCAACAAAAAGUGGAGUUGUUAGUCAGUCUAUAGUUCGUGUCAUUUCUAUAAGCCUGUGUUCUAUUAUCGCUGGUGUAUUCACACUCAGAGUUGAAAGAUAUACAAUCAUGGCAUCAACUUCUUUUAUUGGAUCCUUUUUGUUUUUCGUUGGGGUUGACUUAUUCAUCCACACAGGAUAUUUAGCGGGUAUCAAGUCAGUAUUGGAUUGGAACCCUUGGCACCAAGGCUUUUAUGUAAUCACCCUAGCAACCUAUAUUAUCCUAGCUGGUACACUUGCUUAUGCUUGCGCAACCUUUUGCUGGCAGCAUGCUAUAAAUGAAUGCCGUGAGUUCGAUGGAACGUGGUCGUUACAAAAGCCAGUCGAAAUAUCCGAGUCUGACGACGAGAACAAAGAUGACAAUACUAAAUCCAUUGUAUCUUCUGAGUCUCUUACAGAGAAAACCCCAGAGUAUGCUUCUAGUACUGGCAACAAGAUUGCUUUGAUUACCAAUGGUAUCAGACCUAGUCAUAAGUCCAACACUCCAAAGAGUACAGCUACCCAUACUGGUAUCCCUCGACUUACGUGUGCCACAAAGGCUAUAAAACCUGCCGAGAACAAUCUGGGUGCUGGAACCUUGAGAAACACGAACUAUCAAUUACUAGCAACAAGUAGCACAGAAGAUAACAAAACGAUUGUCGUCAGGCCAGAUAAUAUUCAUGCUUAUACAAGCUCUUCCCGGAGAAUAACAGCAGGGGGAUCAACAGGAGAAACUAGCUCUAAUACGUCUGUACGAUCUAAGGGUAAAGAGGUCGACCGUACUUCUACAGCUACAUGGCAUUUUGACGAAAUCCCGGAAGACCCACCGUCACCACCGCAUGUGAGAAGACAGCCAAGCCCGCGCUACGUAAAUCAAGUUGGUGAAUCUAGUACUUCAGCUGCCUCUAGUUUGAAUAAUUCAUCAGGUUAUUCAGAUGAUAAUUAUAGUACAAGUCGUAUUAGAUAA